UUCACAAGUUUAAGAAUGACCCAUCCACUUAAAAACUCAUCACUGCCACCAGCUGCCACUGAUCUUAUUUCUCCUUCAUCUCCCUUGAUUAAAACAUCUGUGCAACCCAGGCCCACCCAUGUUGUUACCAUCGCCCCACUCCCCUCUCCGACGGAAGGAGGGUCGAAUCUGCCUCCACGGAAGUGGAGGGUUAUAUUUUCGCUUUCCGUCGAGUCUGGUAUGCUCUUGCGGCAGUUUCCAAAGAUUCGUGUUGGUAUUUUCACUUUUUUAGCAGCUUCCUCAGCCGUUGUUCGAUCCACUCAAAGUGGACUGUGUUACUAUACGAUGCACACCAAGGCCAGAACUCUAGAAUACCCUUGCUCAAAUGUAAAGAAGUUUCCAGUAGCCUCAGAGUUUGCGAACUGGAAUGUUCCAUUCCCAGAAUAUAAGCCAGUAGAUUACACCUCUGAGCACAUUCUUCAGAUGCCACCUUAUGCUGAUCCAGAUAUAAGGAAAGGACCUGCUAAAGUUCCUCUUAAAUUCAAUGCCCUGGAUACAACGUAUAACACUGACAGGAAAAGUUACACAGGAGAAUAUAAAGUUGUGCAAGGUGUUCCAAGGAAUCCUGUUGGUAGGACAGGAAUGAUUGGAAGAGGAUGGCUUGGUAGAUGGGGUCCCAACCAUGCCGCAGAUCCAGUUGUCACAAGGUGGAAAAGAAGCAGUUCAGGAGAAAAAGUUAUGAAAGAAGGAAAACCAGUACUAGAAAUUGUUGCCAUUCAGAGGAGAGAUUGCAAGGAAUGGGCUCUUCCUGGGGGUAUGGUAGAUCCAGGCGAUACUGUCACAAACACUCUUAAGAAAGAAUUUGGAGAGGAAGCCUUAAACUCCUUGGAAGUUUCACCUGAAGAAAACAAAAGAAUCCAGGAGCAUCUUGAGCAUCUUUUUCAUCACGGAACUCUGGUAUUUCAAGGCUACAUAGAUGAUCCUAGAAACACUGACAACGCCUGGAUGGAAAGUCAAGCGGUUAAUUUUCACGACGAUAGUGGAAACGCCUUCAAUAAAUUCACUCUGCAAGCUGGAGAUGACGCUCAACACGUGAAAUGGGUUGAGGUGUCUCACGAACUGCGCUUGUAUGCAAACCAUCUCGACUUGGUAAAAGAAGUAGCUAUGCAGCAUAAUGCGUAUUGGUAGCAUUAUGCUCCAUUAGCCAGUGGACACAAAUUUUCAAUUUUUAAAUUUAGACUUGCUUUGUACAUCCUACACAUGUGACGUAGAGUUCGAGCCUUGGGUCUUUUUAUUUAAGCAAAGUUUAGCUGUGUUUGACAGAAACGCGUGCUAGAUAAUUCACAAUUCAGCCCGGCAAAACUUUUUGACCUUUAAUUAGAACACUUAUAUUUUUGAACAGUGUUAAGAGGUUGCUAAAUAUUAUGCUAGUCAAAGGGAGCUUCCCGACGACAAUUCGUCAACUAUAUAUCUCGCCGCGUACGAUUGGUCCAAAUGGGUCAUGUGAUAAAAUUUUAAUAUGGGUUCUUUUGCAUGAUUGUGCCACGCGACCUUUUCAAUCAUAAAAAAAUUGGUCUUUGUAUUGUAUUAGCACCAGAAAGAGAAAAAUAUUAUGAUGAAAUAUAUAGACAAGGAUUCCAAUUGUGAGGGCACUGACUACAAGGAAGAGCAAGACCAAACAGUUAACCACAUUGUUUUAAAGAUUUAUGAUGAAAUAUUUGCUCCCGGAAUCUUUUUCAAAACAGUUCGAAAACUUUAAGCAGUUCCUAAGUAUCAGUCAGUGGCCUCAACCAUAAUUGUACAUUGCACAUGUGCACCGAUUCAGUUGAAUAUAAAAGGUUCCUUUGUUGUAUUUCAUGUUCAGCUGGUUCGAUGUAAUUUUUUCGAGAUUUUUUUCCGUGUGAAGUCCGCGCAAUGCAUUUCAUUUAAAAUAAGUUAACUAAUUGUUUAAAACUAUUUUACUUCCUGAA